UUACCAUAAUUGUUAUCGUGGGUUUUGCAACAAUUUGGAAGUUGGACUGAGGACGAAAAACGACUAAGAAAAUGGAUGUCAAGGUCAUAAAUGCUAAAUCUGGCAAGGAGUUGCUGACCCUCCACAAUCUGAACAAAGGAGUGACCAUUGAUGAUGUAAAGGAGGGUUUCUAUCAGAAGAACAGGAAGUUUUAUCCUGAUAGGCAGUCAUAUCGGACAGAGCCAAAGGGUAAAUCUUUGAAGGGCGAUGAAACUUUAGGAUCCCUGGGUAUCACUCAUGGUGAUAGUCUCUACUUCAAGGAUCUAGGGCCUCAGGUUGGAUGGACUACGGUGUUUAUGACGGAGUAUUCAGGUCCUCUGUUUGUAUAUCUCCUGUUUUACUUGAGGCCUUCAAUCAUCUAUGGAUCUGAUGCAUCACAGCCUCGGACUCUUGUGGCAAACCUUGCUAUGGGGUGUUGGACCCUUCACUACGCCAAGAGACUUUUUGAAACGGUCUUUGUUCAUCGCUUCUCUCACGCCACUAUGCCUAUCACCAAUAUCUUCAAGAAUUCUAUAUACUACUGGGGUUUUGCAGCCUUUGUUGCUUACUUCAUGAACCACCCAUUGUACACACCACCUACUUUUGGAGAUCGUCAAGUCUACUUUGGGCUCUUUAUGUUCUUGCUAUGCGAAUAUGGCAACUUCUGUAUCCACAUUGCCCUGCGUGACCUUCGACCCCCUGGCACCAGGGAACGACGUAUCCCGUACCCGACUGGUAACCCGAUGACCCAGAUGUUCCGGUUCGUCAGCUGUCCUAACUACACCUACGAGACGCUAGCAUGGGUCAGUUUUGCUAUCAUGACACAGUGUCUACCAGUACUUCUAUUCUGCCUUGCUGGGUUCGGUCAGAUGGCUAUCUGGGCUGGUGGAAAGCAUCGUAACUACAAGAAAGAAUUCAAGGAAUAUCCAAGGGGACGGAAAACCAUUCUUCCAUUCCUUCUCUAAGCUCCUCCCCCUCUCCCAUCACCCCCUAUCUUUCUCUCAAAUACCAUUUUAAAUCAUUCAAAUUAUCAAUGACUGUACGUGUUAAUUUUCAGGUACUACACCGUGUACAUAAUUUGAGACCUUUUUCCGAAUGUGUCGGGCAUGUUGGGUUGUUUGGUUUUUUUACUGAUUGAAUGACAAAGAUCAAUGCCAGAUUGGAAAAAAAAUCAUUAUUUCAAUCAAGAUGAAUGAUCAAAUUUAUAGUCUGCCUUUAAAAAUUGUUUUUUUAUGGGUGAUUUGCCUCCUGAAUUAAUGGAAAUCAAUGUUGCGAGAAAUGUAAAACAUACAUUCAUGUACAGGGGUUAGAUUAUUUUGAUGUACAUCUCAUUUUCAAGAAAAUAUGAUAGUUGUCAUGAUAAAAUCUAAUUUUGACGAGAAAUUGCAGGAAAGAUUUUAAUGGUAUUCCAUCGAGUGGAAGAAAUUAUUGAUUUACUAAUCACAAGAUGUCUCCUCCAUAAGAGAUAAUUAUGUAAUCGAAAGCAAAUUUUACUCAACUCCAGUACAAAAGAGAUUCCUUUUUCUGUUGAAUGGAUUAGUAUGGAAGGCAUAUAGUAUUACCAGGAAGUAUUAAAGAAGUGUUAAAAAAAUGGUAUUAAAAAUAUCCCCAUCAUCCUUAUCCAUUUUAUGUCGGAUUGAUUUAAAUUGAAGUAUUCAGUAUUUGAUUAUUAAUGUGUUGAUACCUUUCUCAUAUCUGCAUUACACAGUGUUAUUAAGAUCUAUUUUGUGCCAUUGUGUUUCCUUUUUUUAUGAUUUAUCAUAUUGUGUAUUUUAUACUUUGAAGGGGAAAAUACUUAGAUAAAUGUUCAUUACACAAAAUAUGGACAUUUUGUGUAAUUUGGUUUCCUCUAUGAUUUAUCAUGUUGGGUAUAUUUAAAUUUGAUGGGGGAAAAUGCUUGGAUAUAUGUUCAUUACACAUUUCUACUAAGAAGGACAUUUUGUGCCAUUGUUUUUUGUUUAAAGAUUCAUCAUGUCGGAUAUAUUGAAAUUUGAAGGGGGAAAAUACUUGGAUAUUUGUUAUUGAUAUAUGUGUAUUAUUCAUUACACAUGAAGUUCCUGGAUAAGACAUUGUGAAUUCCAUAUCAGUUUAAAUGAUAUUUACUUGCAGCAUAUGUAAUUUUGUUUGUGCAACAUUUGCAAAAUGAAUAUUACUACACAUAUCUAUGCAUGUGAUGGUUGAAUGUGUGUACAUAUAUGAUAACAUUUUUUACAUGACUAUACCUGCUUUAAACAUUCUUUGUGUGUUUUAAUUGACAUUUUUCAUGCUAUCUACUGACAAGAGAUGGCCCAUGGAAUUGACCUAAAUAUUAUAUUAGUACGAUAUCGUUCAACUCUUGUAGGCUUGUUUUUGUUUGUGUUUUACACAGAGCUGCCAACUAUUAAGAUAAAGUCAUAAUGUUAAUGAUUUUCAUGUCAAAUUAUGCUUUUGAGCGUAAUUAUUACACUUAUGAGAUAGAAUAGGUAUACACAUUUAAUACUCGUGUAGUAAUACAUUGCACAGUGGUGAAAUUUACUUGCUUGACUAGGCAAGCUAGUGCUCCAAAAGAGUAAUGUAACACCCUGGAUAAAUAUUUCUGACAACCAUCUUGUAGGGUUGGCAAAACUGAGCAUUCACAUAUGAAAUUGUGACUUUUAUCUCCGAAUUAUGACUUAUGAGAUUCUGGAUCAUUACUCUUAAGCCCAACGCACACUAUGCAAUCUGGGGCCUGUAACACAAAGCUUAGCAAUGAUCGUAGAACAUUUUUCUACGAUUGAUUGCAUUGACUACAAUGUACAAUCAAUCGUGAAAAUCAAGCAUACGAUCAAUAGCUAAGCUUUGUGUUACGGUACCCAGAUGCGAUGUGAUUUUUUGAUAAAUCGUUUUUUGCAUUUAAUGUGAAAGUUCCAAGAAGUAAGAUUAUUUCAUUUUAAGUUCAGCAUAAUGUUAGGAAUAAUAAAAUCAUAAAAAUAAAAUCAUAAUUUUGCUUGCGGCAAGCCCUAUGGUCAGCAUAAAGUCCAAAUCAGCUUCAAGUUACAGCCAAUGAUGACGUCAUAACGAUUUGGAAUUUGCUUUUAUUCCUACAGGGAGGCUUGAAGUAGACUGAAUUUUUAUUUCAGUAGUCCUACCACUGUUCUAAACUCUGAUCACUAAGAUUUUAUUUGUUUGAAUGUCCACAUCAAAUGUUAUUUCAAUUUCUUUGAAAAAAAUUGGAUCGCAACAAAUCGCAUAGUGUGCGGCGGGCUUUAAAGCUUGGCAGCUCUGUUUACAGCACUCUCAUGUUAUAAGCUUUGUUAUUAUUAUACCUCUGCUAAAGAAAUGUUUAAUGGGGGAGGGAUUGGAAUCGGCAUAAGGAUGGGUGACUGUAUGCCAAACAAAGAAAUUGUGUUGCUAUGGUAAUAUCAUAUAAUGGCAUUACUGCAGAAUUCUAUAUCCACAUUUUCAUAUUUCCAUGGUUGUAGUUUCAAGAUUAGGUUUUUAUUAAGUAGAGCAUUUGAGUUUAUUCCGAAUCUCUCGAUCCAAAAGUGGAAGAAAAACAUUUUUGUGUACAGUAGUGUCUGUAACAUGUUUACGUCCACAAAUAUUAUUUCUGAAUCUUAAUAAAAGUGCCUUGGUAAUCAUUCAUGCAAACACAUGUGAAAAUGCAGUCGUAAGCUGUCCGGAGUGCGAGGCAAUUUAAAAAAAAUUACUUCAUAUAAAAACCUAACCACUCGGUAAUUUAGGGAAAUUUUGAAGGCAGCAAGGAAAUUGCAGCAAGGCAAUCUUGGUUGUGCAGAAGUGCAUAU